GGCGCCGCUCGUUGUCGGUUGUGGUAUCUUUGUAUCACAGAGGAGAGGAAAAUGGCCACAAUGUUCGUGGGGGAGAGGGCGGCGCUGGACCUCCUGCCCGAGAGCGUCUUAGUCCACAUCCUCUCCUAUCUCAGCACCAGAGACCUACUCCGCAUCAGCAGAGUGUGCAAGCGGUGGAGGAGACUGGCUUACGACAAAGGGCUGUGGAAAGAUGUCGACUUGACCCCCUACAAGGUGAACUCUCGGAUCCUGUGGCACCUGGUCCGGCAUUACCUGGGGGGCACCCUGCGGAGCCUGAGACUGAAGGGGGUCCUGCACUCGGUCAGGAAGCACGAGUCGUUGACCGAGGCUUUGCUGCUGGAGCUCGGCAAGCGUUGCCCCGGCCUGAACGCCCUGCGUCUGAUCGAGAUGAACCUGCGUGGGAUCAGCUACGAGUGUCUGCCUCCCUCGCUGCUCACCCUGGAGCUGACCCACUGCGAGAUCCCGCUGCAUUGGUUCCGGGUGGCUCCAGGGGCUUCCUCUUCCUCCACCUCCUCCUCUUCCUCCUCUGGCAGCGUGGGGAGCGGGGGCGGGGGCUUGGGGGGCCGGGCCCCACCUCCGCGCAUCGAGAACCUGGAGGUGGAUAGCGUCCCCAACUUCUCCGACCAACACCUCCAAAGCCUGGCCGCCAGGACCACCCUCAAGACGCUGCUGCUGUCGGAGGCGUACCGGGUAACGGACGGGGGGAUCGAGCGGUCGGCCGAGCGGCUCUCGGAGGUGGUGCGCCUCAGGCUGUACGGCUGCAAUAUCUCGGACGGUGCCCUGCGGCAUGUGGGCCGACACCUGACCCAGCUGCGGGCCCUGGACCUGACCAAGUUCUGCUCCAUGACGGACGCCGGGCUGGCCUGCCUGGUGGGCCUCAAGUCGCUGCAGUCACUGUGCGUGGAGUACUGUUACCAGCUGAGCGUGGACCAGCUGGUGAGCGUGUGCGCCGGCCUGCCCUCGCUCACCAAGCUCAACCUCAACGGCAACCGCUACUCGGAGGAGGAGCUACAGAAGAUACGCCAGAGUUUGCCCAACUGCACCGUCACCAACGAGCUGCAGGAGACAGACUCCAUACCCAAAUACUGACCCC